AUGGCGCCUGAUCUCAAUUCAGUGGGAAAAGAUGAGCGCUGGGACUACACUACCCCGGGCUCAAGUGGCUAUGAUGUCCCGGACAUUGUGUAUAACGACCCCUCGACCAGGAAGCUCAAGGUGUUAACGAUCGGAGCUGGACUAUCUGGCAUCCAACUGGCCUAUCAGAUUCAGAAGCAUUGUGAAAAUGUCGAACAUGUGAUUUAUGAGAAGAACGCGGAAAUCGGAGGAACAUGGCUGGAAAACAGAUAUCCAGGCUGCGCAUGUGACGUCCCUUCUCAUGCUUACACACUCAACUUCGCGCUGAACCCUGACUGGCCCCGAUUCUUCUCUCACGCAACAGACAUUCAGAAGUACCUUCUGAAGGUAGUUGAAGUCUUCGACUUACGCAAGUACAUGACUUUCAAUACCGAAGUCGUACGCUCCGAAUGGCAGAACGAUAGCGGCAAGUGGAAAGUCUCGCUCAGACAGUCGUCACCAUCCGGCGAGAGCAAAGAGUGGGACGAGGAGUGCGACCUAUUGCUGUGCGCAACAGGUAUCUUGAACAACUACAAAUGGCCACAGAUCAAAGGCAUCGAGAAAUUCAAGGGCAGGGUAGUGCAUACUGCUGUGUGGCCGGAAGAUUAUCAGGAAGAAGAGUGGGCGGAUGACCGUGUUGCAGUAAUUGGCUCAGGCGCAUCUUCGAUUCAGACGGUACCCAAGAUGCAACCUCAUGCUAAGCACCUGGACAUCUUCGUGCGUACUGCGGUCUGGUUUGUGCAGAUUGCGGACAACUACGGCCAGAACAAGGAAUACUCCCAGGAAGAACGCGACGAGUUCCGUAACGAUCCGAAGAAGCUGCUCGCCCAUGCGAAGGAUAUUGAAGGCCAGAUCAAUGGUCUGUGGGGUACUUUCUACUCUGGUAGUGAAGCGCAGAAGGGUGCUCAGCAGCUCUUCAGAGAGAGAAUGAAGGAGUUCAUCAAGGAUGAAAGGCUUCUGCAGGGAUUUACCCCAAAGUUCGAACUCGGCUGCCGUCGCAUAACGCCUGGAGACCCAUAUAUGCUUGCCAUCCAGAACGAGAACGUAGAUGUUCACUUUACAGCAGUGGACGAGAUCACUGCGGAUGGCGUUGUUGGCAGCGACGGUGUUGAACGCAAAGUUGAUACCGUUGUCUGCGCCACUGGGUUCGACGUCACGUAUAAGCCUCGCUUUCCAAUUAUCGGCAGAAAUGGCGUCAACUUGUCUGAGAAGUGGGAGAAAGAGCCACAGUCGUACCUCGGCCUUGGCUGCCCAGACAUGCCAAAUUGGAUCAUGUUCGUUGGACCUACAUGGCCAGUGGAAAACGGUUCUGUAACCGGACCUUUGCUCAGCGUCUGCGAAUACAGCGUCCAGAUCAUCAAGAAGAUGCAACGUGACCACAUCAAGUCCUGGGUUCCACGUCAAGACAUCACAGACCGUUUCAACGAGCAUGCACAGGAGUGGAUCAAGCACACAGUCUGGAAGAGCGACUGUAGAUCUUGGUACCGCAAUAACGAGACUGGUCGAGUCAAUGCGGUCUGGCCCGGCUCCUCAAACAUGUACACCGAAGUCAUUGCCACUCCUCGUUACGAGGAUUUUGAAGUUGAAUACCAGCACAAAAACCCCUGGGCUCAUCUCGGCAUGGGACAUGCACUUUGUAACAAACAAUUCCCAGACUCGGAUGUGUCGCCGUACCUGCAGUUGGAGAAUAUUGACCCGAAAUGGCUGAAGGCUAUUGGAUACGAUGGGCCUGCAGAAGAAGUGCAGCAGACAAAGGAGGAGAAGACACAUGUUGGUACAGACGGAUCGACAUAG